AUGAAUCAAACAUUAACUUUAUAUAAUCAAAAUUCUGAAUAUAAUCAUGAAUCAAUUCUAAAUCAAAUUAUUUAUACUGAAAAUAAAAAUGGAUUCUAUUCAUCGGAAACAACAAUGACUAAUUCAUUAAAUCAUCUAAAUAAUGAUCUACAAAAUACUGUAUUAUUCAAAUCAUGUACAAUAAAAUCUAAUAUAAAAGAUGUUGAUCAUGAUACUAAAGAUAUUUCAUUAAGUCAUUUUAAUAAUGAUUAUCCAUUAGCUCAUUCCUCUCCAAAUUCAUUUAUAAAUGCUCCUCAAUGUGCUGGAUGCAAACAAUUGGUAAUGGAUCGAACUAUUCUACAAGUUCUUAAUCAGAGUUGGCAUGUUAACUGUUUGAAAUGUAUGGAUUGUGGUACUUCAUUAUCAGAGAAAUGUUUUGUACGAACAGAUGAACUGUACUGUAAAGAAGACUUUUUUCGUCGCUUUGGAACAAAAUGUGCAGGUUGUGAUAAAGGUAUUCCACCAAUGGAAGUUGUUCGGACAGCUCAAGAAAAUGUAUAUCACUUAGAUUGUUUUUCAUGUGUCAGCUGUGCUCGUAUGUUAAAUACAGGCGAUGAAUUCUAUCUAUUACGUGAUCGAAAACUAAUGUGCAAGUCAGAUUUUGAAACUGCUAAAGCUCGAGAAGCAGAAUUAGACAAUGCUAAUAAACGUCCUAGAACAACUAUUUCAGCUAAACAACUGGAAGCACUUAAAAGAGUUUAUGGUGAAAGUCCAAAACCGGUACGUCAUAUCAGAGAACAACUUAGUGAAGAGACUGGUUUAGAUAUGCGUGUAGUACAAGUAUGGUUUCAAAAUCGUAGGGCAAAAGAGAAAAGAUUAAAAAAAGAUGCUGGAAGGAAUAUCUGGUCAAUUUCUGACUCUUUAUUAAUCAGUAGUGCAAAUACAAGUACUAAUAGUAAUACACCUGUUUGUAUGAAUGAACCAUACUUAUUUUCAACAUGUUCAAAUGAUUUAGAUAAAAGUUCUGCACCAUACUGCGGUGAUAAUUCAAUUAUACUAGAUGAUUCAACUAGUGGAGAUGAAUAUCUAUCUAAGGAUGAAUUUCAGGGUUCUGGUUCAAGUGAUACAGACAGCAACUGUUCAGAGGAACCUGAAGAUCUGAAUCAGUCUUUAAAUUUUUCUGUUGUAUGCGAUCCUACACAUUCGAAGCAUACUACCGAUAUACCAACCACUGAAAAGUUAUCAUUAAAUAAAGAUGAAUUCCUAACUCAUGACAAUAAAUCUGCAAUUUUUCAGGCAUUUUCAAAGUCUGCCUUAUACGAGAACCAUUCAGUUCACGAUUUAGUUUCAACAAAAGCAGAACAAGUACAUGAUGUAAAGUUCCAUGGUUCUACUCAAACAUGGUUAUCUACUCCACGGCCUUUUCAAAAUCAAGGCUUUUCAAUUGACAAUCGGUCGUUCAAACCAGAUAAUGAUAAUAUUAUCUUAAAACACAGUAUAGAAAAUAUCAGUAUUUUAAAUGAAUCAGACAAUAAAAAUCAUAGCAUUUUACGUUUUGCAUCAAAUCCAUUUGUUUCAAGUAGUAUUAGCUUGAAUAAGCAAGUUGUAUCUAACAGUGAAUUGUCAACAAAAGAAACAUAUUUACAGCCUGUUGACUUCUAUCCUUAUUGUCUAAAUGCAAGCAGUCUUUCACAAUAUGGUAUUCCACAAUCAAGCUCAUCAUAAAUAAUCCUGCUUAAAAAUUAACCCAAUAAUAAUGGUAUACCACCACACAAAAUGAUGUGAUUCAUACGAUCCUUUUGUAGCUAUCAGAAUAUAUUACGGCAAACAUUUUGCUUAUCACUUACAAAACCAAUAACAGAUUAUGG